UUUCGUUUCACCAUGGUUGCUGAAAGAGUAUUCAAGAAGCAGAAAUUGGAUGAAGAAUCCAGGGCCGAGAUUGUGGCUGAAGAAGCGGAAGAAAAGUUAAGAUUACAUCCUCAUCCCGUGGCACCAGAUGUUCUAGUUCACCAUGAUGCUGGUGAAUUCUCUGGAAUGGUUAGACACAAGACGGAUUCGCAGCAAGCUGUGAAAUUGGAGACAGCAGAUAUCAAUCCUUUCACGGGUGGCAAAUUCAGCAAGCAGUAUUUCGACAUUUUGAAGGUUAGACGUGAUUUGCCAGUACAUGCUCAGAGAGAUGAGUUCUUAAGAAUUUUCCAAAACACCCAGAUCAUGGUGUUUGUUGGUGAAACUGGUUCUGGUAAGACUACUCAGAUUCCUCAGUUUGUUUUGUAUGAUGACAUGCCACAUUUGGCUGGAACACAAGUAGCCUGUACCCAACCAAGAAGGGUCGCAGCCAUGUCUGUGGCCAAGAGAGUAGCAGACGAAAUGGAUGUUGAACUAGGUGAAGAGGUUGGUUACAGCAUUCGUUUUGAAAACAAGACUUCGAACAAGACCAUUUUGAAGUACAUGACUGAUGGUAUGUUAUUAAGAGAAGCCAUGGAAGACCACGAUUUGAAGAGGUACUCCUGUAUUAUUCUAGAUGAAGCGCACGAAAGAACUUUGGCUACUGAUAUCUUGAUGGGUUUAUUGAAACAAGUCAGUGUAAGGAGACCAGACUUGAAGAUCAUUAUCAUGUCGGCUACUUUAGAUGCUGAAAAGUUCCAGAAGUAUUUCAAUGAUGCCCCAUUGUUAGCAGUUCCUGGUAGAACCCAUCCAGUAGAAAUCUACUAUACCCCAGAAUACCAGCGUGAUUACUUAGAUGCAGCUAUAAGAACAGUUUUGCAGAUACAUGCUACAGAAGAUGAGGGCGAUAUAUUGUUAUUUUUGACAGGUGAAGAAGAAAUUGAAGACGCUUGUAGAAAGAUCUCUUUGGAAGGAGACGAGUUGAUCAGAGAACAAGAUUGUGGCCCUAUCAAAGUUUAUCCAUUGUACGGUUCCUUGCCUCCACACCAGCAGCAGAAGAUUUUCGAUCCAGCUCCCGAAAGAUUGAGACCAAAUGGUAGACCUGGAAGAAAGGUAAUUGUUUCAACCAACAUUGCCGAGACCUCUUUGACUAUCGAUGGUAUUGUAUAUGUGGUUGAUCCAGGUUUCUCCAAGCAGAAGGUUUAUAAUCCAAGAAUCAGGGUUGAGUCAUUGUUGGUAUCUCCUAUUUCCAAAGCAUCUGCUCAACAAAGAGCUGGUCGUGCUGGUCGUACCAGACCAGGUAAGUGUUUCAGAUUGUACACCGAAGAGGCUUUCCAAAAGGAGUUGAUAGAACAGUCAUAUCCUGAAAUCUUGAGAAGCAACUUAGCAUCCACCGUGUUGGAAUUGAAGAAAUUGGGAAUAGAUGACUUAGUUCACUUUGACUUCAUGGAUCCACCGGCCCCCGAAACCAUGAUGAGAGCAUUGGAAGAAUUGAACUAUUUGCAAUGUUUAUCCGAUGAAGGAGAUUUGACCGCCGCAGGUCGUAUGGCUUCGCAAUUUCCUUUGGAUCCAAUGUUAGCAGUGAUGUUGAUUGGAUCAGCUGCCUUCAACUGUUCUGAAGAUAUUUUGACUAUUGUAGCAUUGUUGUCGGUUCCAAAUGUCUUUGUCAGACCUGCAGCGGCCAGGAAGAGAGCAGAUGAUGCUAAGAUGGCUUUUGCCCAUCAAGAUGGUGACCAUGUCACUUUGCUUAAUGUCUACGCUGGAUUCAUUUCCGACGAAGCUCAAAGUAUUGGAGUACACCAAUGGUGUCGGGACAACUUUUUGUCUUAUAGAUCAUUAACUUCUGCCAAGAGUGUCAGAGCACAAUUGCGUCGUAUCAUGGAAAGAAACGACAUAGACUUAAACAGCACUCCAUUUGAAGACCCUUCAUGGGCCGUGAAUGUCAGAAAGGCUUUGGCUGCUGGUUUCUUCAUGCAAGUGGCUAAGAAGAAGUCAGCGGGCAAGGGUUACCUUACUAUUAAGGACAAUCAAGAAGUAUUGAUUCAUCCUUCGACGGUAUUGGCUACAGAAAGUGAAUGGGUUAUUUACAACGAAUUUGUGUUAACAAGUCAGAACUACAUCAGGACUGUUACCACAGUCAGACCAGAGUGGUUGGUUGAAUUUGCACCCAAGUACUAUAACUUGGAUCACUUUGGCAAGGGAGACGUGAAGUUGUCGUUGGAAAGAGUUAUAGAUAGAGUGGAGACCAUGAAGAAAUUGGAAGACAAGAGUGCUAGAAAGGAGAAAAAGAAGUCGAAAAAGAGCAAAGCUUAGAGCUAGUAUACAUACAUAGAUAACAGCAUCUGUACCAUAGAAUAAAUCCAUUAACCUAG